GUACUAAAUGAAGCUCCAAGUAUUAUUUGGAUGUAAGUCUCGGUUUGUGGACCGUUGCAAUAGCUGUGGUUCACAGUUUGGGUCACCGGAUCCUUGAAGCAGAGCUGGAAGAGACAUCCAACCAGUCCAACUUUGUCAUUUUACAAAUGAGGAAACUGAGGCCCAGCAAGUUUAAGCCACUUACCCAAGGAGGUAGAAUUGAGUGAUCUGCAGCGUGACCCUCCUGCCCACUGUUCCGCGGGCCCUGUGGGAGAUGACUUGUUCCACUGGCAAGCAACUAUUAUGGGACCUCCGGACAGCGCAUAUCAAGGUGGAGUCUUCUUUCUCACUGUACAUUUCCCAACAGACUAUCCUUUUAAGCCACCAAAGAUUGCUUUCACAACAAAAAUCUACCACCCAAACAUAAAUAGCAAUGGAAGUAUUUGUCUUGACAUCCUGAGGUCACAGUGGUCACCAGCUCUGACUGUAUCAAAAGUUUUGUUGUCCAUAUGUUCACUACUUUGUGAUCCAAAUCCAGAUGACCCCUUAGUACCAGAUAUUGCACAAAUAUAUAAAUCAGACAAGGAAAAAUACAACAGACAUGCGAGAGAAUGGACUCAGAAAUAUGCAAUGUAAAUUGGAAGAUUUUUUUCCUAUAUCCCAGAGUACUGUAAAUUCUAGGUUUUUUCAAUAUUAGAAGUAAAUCGAGCACCGUUUACUGUUCCAGUGUACCCUGAAACCCUUUGAUUUUUACCCAUUUUAAAUGUGUUUCUGGAGCAAGACAAAACAAACUUCCAAAAAUAACCUUAAGACUGUGAUGAGAGUAUUUAUCCUUUUGUAUGCUUUGCAAAAGACAUUUAUUAUGGUUUUUAAGAUACUUGGACAUCUGCAUCUUCAGCCUACAAGAUCCACAGUGCAGUUGUAAAGCAACCAAAUUAUUUUUUGCUGAUACUAGAUGUUUUUACAUGAGAUACUGUAUGUGUUUGUCUAAGACGUCGUCAGUUUUAUAAAUCUGUAUUCAGAUUUCAUUCUUUGUUAGCUCACUAUAUAAUUUGUAUUUUUUUACUGUAUAGACUAAAUAUAUUUUAUUUACCAUGUAAGUCAACUCAUUAGACGUUCUCUUCCUGUGCACAGUAUUGAUAAGAUACAACUGCUAGUAACGAAACGAACGCACGCUUUGCCUCCUUCUCUUGCUUAGGAUAUUCCGUAGACUGAUUGCAGAUUCUUCGAACCUAACGUGAUCUUUUACACUGUAAUUCUCAGUAUGCUGAUUAUGGAGAAACACUUGUUUUGAUUUUGUUGCCUACUUGACUUAAUUUUAUUGCAAUGUGAACUGAUUGCACUGCUAAGUAGGGAGACAUGUACCUUUUAUUUGUUGCUAUUCACGUUUGAUUUUUUUCGUACGUACGGGCAAUAUAAUAUUCUCACGGACCUUUUACAGAUCUGACUGUAGCUUUUUCCACAUAAAUAAAAUGCUUUUUCUACUA